AUGGCUGAUCAUCACUCAUACGUUAUGUUUCCUGUAUUCAUCGGUGCUUUGUCACUUAUCAGUGGGAUCAAUGUAAUUGUCUCUCGCCAUCUUUUUGAAGUGCCCAAGUCUCCUGAGCAUCCCAAACCAGAAUUGCAUGAACUCCCACCUCUUCCUAACAUACCAGAGUUGCCAAAACUUGAAUUGCCUCCUUCGCUCAAGCCUGAGCUCCCUAAACCUGAAUCAGCUACUUUAUCUAAGCCUGAUUUGCCAGUUGUUCCUCAUUUCCCAGCUACUGUAAAACCUACAUUGCCUUCUUUGGCAACGCCUGAGGUGCCAAAACAGCCUGAACUUUCUUGCAUCUCCCAUACCUGCCAAAGCCUGCUUUGCCCACCAUGA